AUGGCACGCAGAAUCAUAAUUCCACCGAAACCUAAGACUUCAUACAACACUUUUUAUCCUCCCGUGGAAAAGUCUCAAGAUAAACAACCAAAUAUAACACAUUACGGAAAGACGAAGAUAGACGAUUUGCAAUACGAUACAAUAUUUGGGAAAAAAAGAAGGGCACGAAAACAUAAAGAAAUCGACCCGGAUGUGGUGAUAACAGACAAUGGAAAAGUUCGCCUUAAUCGGAUAAACUAUGAUUAUCUGUUCAAAGAUCCUGUCCAUGAGGAAAGACAAGAAAAACCGAGAUCGUUCGGUAAAGUGCCUUACUACGGUCAAGCACAAAUAUUAAUGACUUUUAAAACCUCAAGAAAACUGGGUGAAAUUUCCAAAAUUUGGCCGAUAUCAGGUGAGAGAGCUUGGGUGAAUUCGUAUGGGGAUAAACAUCUUACUCUUAUCAACAAAAAAGGAGCACGUCUGACAACAACGCCUGAUUUUGUUCAUAGGAUAUGGGACUUUGUUAUCAACAAUAAAGGCCGCAUGUUGCUUACUGUUGAUCAUAGUGCGCAUAUACAUGCAAUAUCUUCCAAUGGAGAGCUUAGCCUAGCGGGGAAUUUCCCAGGAUAUCAGCCGUUAGGGAUUUCCGUAAAGCCGGACGGCCACACCAUUGUUUGCAUCCGGCCUUUGGUUGGAACUAAUGGACCGGCACGAUUAGUAACAAUUAGCAUCGAUGGAGAGGUUCUACAAUACUUUGACACUCGCGAGGACAAGACCCCUUUGUUCAUUGAUCCCUAUAGUGUUUCAUGCACCAGCAAUGGAAAAAUGUUUGUACGCGAUGGCGCGACCAAAGUUGUUUGUGUGGAUAGCAAAGGAACACACAUGUACACAUGGACAGGCCAGAGCUUUGACAGUAAAGAAGAAUUUCUGCCAUCUUGUUUAACUUCGGACACUCAUGGAUCGCUCAUUGUGUCAUCACGGGAUGCCAACAAGGUAUAUAUCCUGCCGGUAGACGGCAAAGGCUUGAGGUGUCUACUGGAUUUGUCUCAUGGGAUAGAACAUCCUCUUGGUAUGGGUAUUGAUGGCGUAGGGCAUCUCUGGGUUUCCUGCAAGGGAAGAAAAAUACACAUCUUAAAGUACAUUCAUUUGUGA